UUCAAAAGGUGUCAUCAUCAUUUUUUAUUGGGGAAAAAAGUGCUGCUUGGCGGGUCAUAUCAUGUGUGGAGGACUCGGCUGUGUCGUGUCUUGAGUAAUGUUUUUCGAGAACUCUGCAUGGACAAAACAACAAAGUUGCAGGACUUCAGCUAUAACUCCUAUGACUCCCAAGAAACCUCAGCAGUGGCUGCAAGUGGUUGGACAUGCAGGAAGUUUUCAUGUUGGGGAUUAUGGGACCUUGCUGAAGAGGUUUUGUGAAGGGGAGCAGCAAUGCUACCUCAGGCUGAUGGAGGACUCUCUGAGGCCCUUUGUUCCAGCCUACCACGGUGUGGUGCAGCGGGACGAGCAAGAUUACAACAUGAUGGACAACUUGCUGACCCAUUUCAACACGCCGGCCAUCAUGGACUGCAAGAUGGGCACCCGUACGUACCUCGAGGAGGAGUUGGUAAUUGCUCGAGAACGGCCCCAGCCUCGUAAAGACAUGUACGAGAAGAUGGUAGCCGUGGAUCCAGAGGCCCCGACGGUUCAGGAAAGAGCCCAGCAAGCUGUGCUGAAGACCAGGUACAUGCAGUGGAGGGAGACGCUGAGCUCCACUACAACUCUGGGUUUCCGAAUCGAAGGAUUCAGGAAGGCAGAUGAAGAAUGCCACACAAACUUCAAAAGGACCAAAAGCAGAGAACAAGUGAUCGAGGCGCUUGACAAUUUUGUUGACUCCAAUACAACCAUUUUGUGGGGCUAUCUGAGACGACUGAAGCAGUUGCGGCAGGUCUUGGAAGCAUCAGACUUCUUCAAAUCACAUGAGGUUGUGGGCAGUUCUUUACUGUUUGUUCACGACUGGACAGGCAGUACAGGAGUGUGGAUGAUUGACUUUGGGAAGACAGCCGCCUUGCCGUCACACCUCAUGUUGGACCACCGCACUCCCUGGGAGGAGGGCAAUCGAGAAGAUGGCUACCUCUGGGGUCUGGACAACCUCAUUGAUAUACUGUCCAAUAUGCUGCCAUUGACUUAAACUCUGUUCUGGAAAUGUGAAAUUGGAUGUCUUAAUCCCUCCUUUAACUCUCUAAAAGGGCAUAUUGAUUGCAGAUGGAUAGCCUGCAGAAAAUGAUUGACUUAUCAGAAUUGUCAGAAUGGACUUUAUGUUGGAAAAAAAAAGAGAAUGAGGAUGUUAGAAAUGUUAUCCUCAUUUGAUGUGAUUAGUUACAAUAACACGUUAGCAAAAAUGUAUUCCAAAUAAAUACAUUCCACAUUUGUUCAGUUAUCAGGCACACAACAACGGUCAAAAGGGCAUUAGUGUGGAGCGUCUAGUCAACCUGACACUGAGCUCCACUGUGUGCUAAACACUCUCUCAGUCUCCAGCCUCAGCAGGAGACUUCUGACCUUGCUGGUUUGAGAUUAUUUUAGGAGAUACAGCAGUAAUAAGAUGCCCCCCCCCAGCUUUAUAACAGAAAAAUGUCACACAGUGUCAUUAAAAUGGUGCUAAAACUAUAAUGCUAUAAAGCCCAUUUAUUUUCUGCACUAUUUUAAUGAACACAAUAUCUUCAUAUUUACUUUAUGCACUAUGUUGUUUUGUUUGCCCCACAAUUUUUUAUUAUUACCUGAUAAUGCUUAAAUGGAUCAUAGUUUGUAGGAUUAGAGACGCGUGCCUAUUAUUUGUACACAUUUGUAUACAGUCGAGAACACUACAAGGCGAUCUAACAAGAUGGAACCUGUUGUUACCCAAAAUGAUUGGGUGAAAGGUUUUAUUUUAAGAGCUUUUUUAAAUUAAUUUUUAGACUUACGUUUUUGCUCUUUUAGAGGAGGGGCUUAAAACGUGGAAAUUGUUUUAACCAUGCUAGCAGCACAGCUGUGAGGAUGGCAAUGUGAGCCUGUCGUUACACCACUUCAAACUCCUGCUUUAUUACAAAUGUUUGUGCCAACAAGAAGAAGAAUCCUCCUCUGAUAAUCCCUGACUUUUCCUCCAGGCAUCACCCUGAUUUUGACAUUUGAGUAAAAUGUUUUUGUCACAAUUGAUUACCACAUUCCCAUCAUCUCCAGCUGCACUUUGUGAUGACUACAAAGUAAAUGUUUGUAUUCUAAAUAAAAAAUGGUAAAGCAGAAA